AUGAAGGAGCUAAGGAAUAAACAAAAGGAAGAUGAAGGGAAAAUGAAGAGAAAAUUAAAUGACGAAAGGGAAGGCAACGAAAGGGAAAAAUUAGAUGACAAAGGGAAAGGCGAGGAAAAGAAAGAAUUAGAUGAUGAAGGGAAAGGUGAUGAAAGGGAAGAUAAAAGGGAGCAAGAUAAAGAUGAAGGGGAAGGUGAUGAAAGAGAAGGGAAAGGUGACGAAAAAGAAGGGGAAGGUGAUGAAAAGGAAGGGGAAGAAGGUGACAAAAAGGAAGAUGAAAAAGAGUGA